AUGUCGCACAGCAGCGGCCACGGCGCGACCGCCGACUGCAAAGUCUCCAUGCUUUGGAACUGGUACACCAUUGACUCUUGCUUCCUCGCCGAGUCCUGGCACGUCGGCAGCAACGGCGCCUUUGCUGCCAGCUGUAUUGGCGUCGCCCUCCUCACCGUGACCCUCGAGUUCGUCCGCCGCCUCGGCAAGGAGUACGAUGCCCUGCUUCUGCGUCAGUUCCACGCGCGCGCGGCCCAGAUGGCGGUCGCCGCCGCCGUUGAGCCCUCGUGCUGCGACGACACCGGCGCCGUCGCCCCUGGCGCUGUCGCCCGACCCAGCGCGCCGCUCAUCUUCCGCGCCUCGCCCGUCGAACAGCUCAUCCGUGCCGUGCUGCACACAACCUUCUUCGGUCUGGCCUACAUUAUCAUGUUGCUCGCCAUGUACUACAAUGGCUACAUCAUCAUCUCCAUUCUGCUCGGUGCCGGCCUCGGCAAGUUCCUUUGCGACUGGCUCGUCUACAAGGUGGAAACUGGGGCCGCCACACAACAGGCGAAGGGCGUCGAGGAGCCCACUGGAUGCUGCGGAUGA